AUUAAUUAGUUCUUAAGGAUAUCGCAGGUACUUUAUCGCAAUUCCCGACUUAGCGGCGAUACUAUAUACAUUAGGCUAGGGGAUAAUAAGACCCCUCGGCUUGCUCAUAUGAUAAGUUAUGCCUAGGGAGCGUCUAGGCCUAGGUUAGGCAGCUAGGUUCGAAGGAGUCUUUCCUCUUUUGGGGGGAUUUACUUGCCAUAUGACGCUUGUUUUCUAUUAUUCUGGGAUCCAAAGUUCUUGCGUCUGCUUAAAUAAGAAUCUCAAAAUUCCUUUCCCUUUCCAUCUACUUCGCCACUGAUUCGUCCUAAGCCCUUAUACGUAUUUUUUAUCGUUUUUGUUUAACACCUGGUGCGCUCGUAAAAUCAUUUAAAUUCACCGCCCUUUUCCAUACAAUUAUUCACCAUUACAACCCUUCAUUGUUUUGUCAGGGUGUCUUAAGCCAUCAGAACAAAAUCCUUCAAAUAGCAUUUUCUGAGUCUAUCUACACAAAGGCUUUCCGGAAACCCCACAAGUCUCUUACAACAACGGGAUUCAAACCAUCCUCAUGGAAUUCAAGUCGCAAACAAACUUGUCGUUUCAUCGUUCGCACACAAAAGGAUUCAAAACUUGAUACGACGCCUGCCACCUUAUACUUAUAGGCUAUAAGUUAUUAGCUCGCCCACUCAACUUAACGAUACUACCGCAUUGGCGCAACUUUUCCAAUAAGGGUAUUGCCAAAAUGCAUGAUUUACGCAAGAAAAUCUUCGAGAGCGGCAAGACCGUCUCCAGAAAGGCGCGCUCGCGACAACAGUCAGCACAAGCAUCGCCUGCUGGUUCACGUGCGGCUUCGCGAGCGGCAAGUCGUCAGGCAUCAGAAGAAGAAGAUUCGAGCGAUUAUGAAUACAACGAGAGUAUAGCUAGUUCUGUUAUUAAUUCCGAGGAUGGCGAUGAAUCAGGCCUGGUCCCCCCGGCGGAAAUCUUGCACAGUCGCAUUGUGGAUUUACUCGACCAGAAGCGCGAUGGCGCCCAGGAUCGCGAGGACAAAUUAACGGCAUAUACGGAACUCAUUCGACAUCAUCCUAGCGCCGAAGAAAUUGAUGGACAAAUGAAUGAGCUCAUACCUCUGCUCUUAAAAACUAUACGUGGCCGCAGAACUCCCCAGGGAGUCUUGUGGGCUUUGAGAGCUCUUAUGUUAACUAUCCUUACGACGGGGGAUGAAAGUAUUCAUGACCGUGUCUACCCAACUUUGAAGAGUCUCUCUCAGGACACAAACUACGACGACGAUGACGAACUAAUUAAAGUAGCUACUAUCAAGGCGAUGGGUAUCUCUACGAUGUGCGGGGGAGGCUCAGAAACCGCGGCCGAAGAAUUCUUAGAAUUUCUUAUUGAGAUCAUUGAAAGCGAUGGUCAUAUUGUGGAGGCUGGCGACAAUGGCCCGGUCGUUGCUGCAGCACUAAAGACAUGGGGAUUUGUCGCCAGUGGCCUUGAUGACCUCGAAGACCAAAGUACGCAAGCUCUAGAAGCAUUCACAGAACAGCUAGAAAGUAGCGAUGUUGAUGUCCAGGUUGCCGCUGGAUCGAAUAUUGCUUUACUUAUGGAGGCUGCGCGCGAAUAUGAAGAAGAGAAUGGCGAGACCUGGAAUUUGCGCUUCGACCAGGAUGGACUUCUUCGGCGAUUAAAUGCCCUCACUAGAGAGUCCUCGAAGGCGAUAUCUAAGAGGGAUAGAAGGCAGCUUCACAGCAGUUUUAAUAGUAUCGUAACCUCCCUCGAGCAUGGCAAGGGUCCCGGAUAUUCGACAGCGCGACGCUUUUCAAGCAAUCCGCACACUGGCGGUAACAGGACUGAUUUUAAUGAGGACUACCAAGAAUACGGCUACCGGCAAAGAUUCCGGAUCCAGAACAUCAGCAUCACCAUCGACAGCUGGUCUUUGUCGGCCCGAUUAGAAAUGCUUAAGUCUAUCCUUGGGGGUGGUCUCGCCAGUCACUAUAUAAAUAACCCGGUGGUGAAAGAUCUGCUGAGUGGUGCUAAGACUGAGUAUGUCUCGUCACCACCUAGGGACAAGCUAUCUACAUCCAAAUUGGCAUCUAAGUCGGGUCACGGGAAAAAAGCCGUGAAGAGUGUUUCUGAUUGAGCAUUAGAGGGCAUCCGGCAAUCUCAUAUUCUUUCCGCGUCAUCCGUUUUCUUCGAGCGUCAAACUUUUUAUGGAUAUUUUUUCUGUUGGCAUUGGUUAUCGGAUAUUACUCGCUCGCGUUUUCGAAUUCUAUCUUAUAUUGCAUUUUAAUCCUACAUGUGGUUCGCAAAUAUUACGUGCAAAGUACCUGUUGAAACCUGCCCAACUUCCGGAAUACCCAAACAGGAGAGGUGGGUGACAUGAAUGCGGUUACCCGCAUAUUCUGUGUGUACCAUUCGUGUGAGAUGAGCAGCCAAGGCCUGGCCUCGAGAAUCUCUUAAGCUGUAACCCCCACCUGGCAAACGCACUGAUUAUUCUGGUAGUUAGGUAUGAGCAAUCAGAGAGAGAAGCAAAGACAACGCAGAGUGCGGAGGUGUUUGGGCGGAAGAGACCUAUUUAUUAUAUUGGGGACAGAU